AUGGCAGGCCAGAUCGCUUUGUGGGGUAGCUUGGAUGCGGAUGCUUCUGUUGUGAUUGGUGUGCCAGAUCGCAUCGACUUAUGUGACCGUCUCACGCAAAUACGGUUCACGAGGGAUGGAGACAUUAUCGUCGCAUGGUGGAGCGGGUUGCUUAUAAGAUACACGUUUUGUAAGAACAAGGCGAGUUGUGUUUGGAAGUUGACGAGUGCGCAGUGGAGGGGGAGGGAGUUUUGCACGUUUUCGGGGACAUUUUUUGCGUUUGCGACAGACGGGAAUGGUGAGCGAGCCGUCGUAACUCGUGGUGAUGGUGUUAUUUACUAUGUGCAUCUUGCGACGGGGGAGAGCAGUAAACGAAUACUAAGUCUUUCGCAGAGAAAGGUUGUUGUGAAGGGGUUGUGCACCUGUGCUCAAGGUACUUUCCUCUGGCUGCGUGAUUCUCGAAGGCUUUUUCGAAUCGAAUGGCCAGAUAGGGAGCAUGAAGCUUCGUCCUCCGCGCUGAACGGAAUCCCCUGA